GGCCAAGCUUUAAAUGCAGAAGCAGACAACCUCACCUUCUGUAUCUAAACACCAGCCACCUCAAUCAUCACCGCAUCCUAUCCAGCAUGAGACGAAUAGACAUCUCAUGUGCAUCCCAAGCCUCAACGGCCGUAUGCUCGAGCAUGGAGAACAGGGCCAACCCUUCAUCCUCAUUACACUCCGACCGUCAUCUGGGCGACCGAGCCAUCGAUCGCCACAAUCCCAUCAUCAGAGACGCGAGGCGGUCCGUCCGGUCGUCCCUCCCCAUCACUCCCCCUUGCAGCUCUUCUCACCACCCUCCCAUCGACCCCAUCCCGUACCGCCUACUUCACCAGAAAGCCAAACCAAACUCUCUCUCUCCUCCAAAAUCAAGCGUCGACGACCCGAACAAGAACCAGUCAAGAACUGACGAAACGAAGAACAAGAGCAAGAAGAAGAAGAGGGGUGUGCAUAGCAUUUUGACCAGGAGCUUCUCUAGCACGACGGAGACUGCGUCGACCGUGCGGAAGAGCGUCAGCCAUAAGCCCGAGCUCGGGGAUGCGAGAACAACUCCUGCUGGGUCGACCCGGUAUCUCUUGGGUGGUACCGGUUCUGUUGACGGGCUUCCAGAUCACGAUCCGGCUUUGGCACCUGCUUCGGCUCACAAUUGGACUAACGAUAGUCAAGAUCAUCAUCAACAAAUUGUUGCUUCCAAGCGCAAUUCGUCUUCUUUGUCAUCUCGCUCUGUGUCUGAUUCGAACCAGGUGGUCGUCUUGAGGGUGUCACUGCACUGCAAAGGCUGCGAAGGGAAAGUGAGAAAACACUUAUCAAGAAUGGAAGGCGUGACGUCAUUCAACAUAGACUUUGCAGCUAAGAAGGUGACCGUUGUGGGAGACGUAACGCCGGCCGGUGUUCUAGCCAGCGUCGCAAAAGUUAAGAAUGCUCAAUUUUGGACAUCAUCAACGGAAUAGCAUCUAAUUUUCACUGAUCUUCCGCAAAGCUUGCAAUGAAAAAUCUUUUGUGUCCUCAUAAUAUGUUGGGGUCUUAGUCUCUUAGGAGUAGCUAGCAAAUGGAUAAUUUUAUUUUAUUUUAUUGCUGCUUUGUUUUGUUUUAAUUUCUUUAACUUUUUUUUUUUUUGGUUGAAGAAAAUAAUGGGGUUGAGCAGUUCAGGAAAUUUCUUUUUUUGUGUGUGUUUUGGGAAUCUCUAUUGCUUUGGAAGAUGGGAGUGUUUUGAUUCUUUUUUCGGCUAUAUUCUCGGAUGCUAUUUGUUGUCAUUUGUUUUUUUAUUCAUGAGAAAAGGACAUGCUAUUAAAUAAUGAUUUUAUCC